AGUUGGAGGCGGUAUUGCCCCAAAGCCGCCAAGUACUUCUAAGAAGAAAAGAAGAAGUGUUACCCUGAAAAGGCUCGUAGUUAGCAGGUGGAUGAUUCCCCGGUCGUAUUUCACCGCAGCUCGGACCGUUUUGAGAUUUCAUGAACAUUUUAAAGCGGUAACGUUUCACCGUUCCUCUGCCCUCACCGUCCCACUGCUCUGUCUCCGGUUAACCCGUCCUCUCUCCAGGUUCAGACCGCCUCCUGUGACCGGUGAUCAGUCUGAAAGAUUCCGGAGUUUCUCCAGAAACCGACAGAUGCCUAAAAAAGAGAAAACGGUCAGUAAUUCUUAUUUAUAUAUGUAUUAUAUAUUAUUAUGUGAUAUAAAUAUUUAAAUAUAUAUUAUCCACAAGAUUAUUAUUGCUCUAACUGUCCGUUGUAUUGAUUUUACGGUGAUUGACUUGUUGUUUCUGUCGACAUGGUCAGAAAGGUGACAGCUGAUCUGUUGAUCUGUAGCUACUAGUGGUUAAAUUUUACCUUCACUGCGUUUUUAUGUAAUUUCAUGAUGCUCCAAAUGUUUUCAAUGGGAGACAAGACAUGUUGAGUGGUCUUUCUCCCCUUCAGAGCAGAUGACAUAGUAUCCACGAGUUCCAAAAAGAAUGUCACUUUAAAGGGAUAUUCUGUCGAAAUGGACUACAGCGGGGUGACGCAGCUCAAGGAAGAACAUUUAUGAUAAUUUCUUUAUCAUUUCCUUGAAGUAAUAAUCACCAUAUUAAUCAUUUUGCACUGCAGACACAGUAGUUCUUCUGCCUUAGCGUCUCGGUCUGAUUGUAUUUCCAUGAAGAAAUGAUCAUAAAUGUUCUUCCUUGAGCUGCGACACCCCACUGUAAUCAGUAAUGGACUGGCCUGAGGUCUCGCUACAAACAAGCGGCUGCUGGAAGAGAGUAGGUGAGUUGUGUUUAGUCUCUUUGCUAAAGAAAUGAGUCAAAGUUAAAAAGAUGUUUGGUGUCUAGGACUAUGUCUGUGACCCUACAUGUCCUGUCAAUGAAGUUAGGUGCUGUUCUGAGCAUUAUUUGUGGCUAUAGAGUGGCGUUUUGGUUGAGGUUUGUUUAUGGCUCCUCAGAUUGCUGUGUAUUGCUAUCCUGCGGUCGUUACUAAAGCAAGUGGUCGGCAACAUUCAUCCCUCGACGGGUUGUCCAUCUCGGUGUUACGGUGUGUUUGACCCUACAUUAAUUUUACGCAGGAACAUCCCUUUAAGUAGUCACACUUCUACCCACCGGGUGUCCCGAUACCGGUAGGUUUUGAGUUGAAAGUUUUGUAAAAUUGGUGAACCUAAUACCCAUCUCUUCUUUGAUCCAGGUGAAAAGUCAGGCGGUUGGUGCUGGAUCAGCUCAGACUGAAGUGUCUUCUCCUGUUGUUCGAGACAAAAGUGGAGCCGUCACUAUAACAGUGCACGCAAAGCCCGGCUCCAAACACAGCAGCAUCACAGGUCGCUGACACUCACUCCGUAUGUGAUUCAUAACCUCCCUAACCUGGCCUGAUUUUUUCUGACCUCUCUUUUUCUUCUUCCACUCCUGCAGAAGUUUCAGCAGAGGCUGUGGGAGUUUCCAUAGCAGCUCCUCCGACAGAUGGAGAGGCGAACGCUGAGCUCAUACGAUAUCUGGCUGACGUCCUGGAGCUGAAGAGAAGCCACAUCUCUCUUGACAAGGUUCUUGAAACAAGAUCCAGAGAACUCAUGCUUUUUUAUGCAACACAAGUACACCUGAAAAGUUCAGGAAGAUUUCAGCAGUUUUGUACAUGUGUGAAUAGAUGUAUAAAGCGAAAUCACAAAAGGACAGUUAAUUUACCUGUUAAUCGUCCCACAUUCUGCCACUGUGACUCCCAUUAUCCCUCUGCUUCACCCGCCAAACUUUUCUGAUGGUUCGGUUCGGUCACCUCCAUCCUCUUGUCUCCUGCAGGGAUCCCGGUCCAGAGACAAGCUCAUCAAAGUGGACUCCUCUCUCAGUCCAGAGGAGGUGCUGAGGAGGCUCAGGCAGGCUGCAGGCUGACAGGAGUGACAGAGGAUGAAGAAGGAUGGAGGUGAAAAUGGGCCGCUUCCUGAAGGGCAGCUGAAGAAGGUGAGACGAGUGGAUGUGAAGACAAACUGUGUUCACAGUCAAUGGUUUUUAAAGUGAUUCUGAGACCAUGCAGUGAUGUCCACUCCAGAGUCCUGUCUGUUUGAAAUGCACUGAAGAUCAGGACCAUCCAGUCUUGGUUUUGGUUCUUUUCCUCUCGCCAUUGGUUGGAGAAGUUCCUCCUGCUGUUUUCUUAACAUUACUCAACUUUUGAUCUGUUUGGUUGUUCCAACUUUAUUGUUGUUGGAAAUGAAACGUAAGACCAGUAACCUUCAUGUCUCUUUCUUUUAGACAGGGCUUUACAGCUGGACCAGUACUGCUUCUGGGAUGCGGAAAAACCAUCAGAUUACUAUGAACUGGACUCAAGACUAUUUCCAACUCAGGACGGAGCUGCAGCAACAGUGGAGAAACAUGUCGGACUGAACUUGAGAGAACACAGCUGAAAGUGUCUGUAUUUAUGUCUGUAUAAGGAGAGUUUUCCUGCAGAUAAACUGGUAAUAAACCUGUGUGAUGAAAUCUGAA